CUCCCUCCUCAGGGGUCCCUUUCCUUCCUAUUCGCUGCCGUUCGCUAUCCAUCUCACCCACUCUCACUCGUUAUCUUUCUUGUUUGGUUCUUUAUUGCCCUGUGUUUGUUUGCUUGAUUGAUUGAUUGAUUGGUUGAUUGAUUGCCUGUCGUAUUCACCUCUUGCCCCCCCCCCGUUGCCGGCCCGUACUCCCUCACCUACGGUACUGUACUAGUACAUCCCCCCUCUUCCGCCCCGAAACCUUCCCCUAAUUUACCCAUCGCCAUUUGGUAUUUUCCCCUUCCUUACUCCCUCCGCUCACCGGUACCUGUUUUCUCCUCAGUUGCAGCUGUAGGGGCUUUCCAUCGUUGUGUCGUAACGCAUUUUCUUCCCUCUCCGCCAUCGCCACCACUCCUCGCUAUCUUCUUUCGCUCCCGACAACGCAGGGUUGUAGCGGUCGUUUGCUGGUGUGUGUGUGUGUGUAGAUUUGUUUGUUCGUUUGUUUGGACCUCGGCGGUCAAGGGGGCGUAGGGGGGUGGAAGCGGUCGUUACUGGUGACGAGCACUGUACAAUACAAUCUUUGACGGUGUCAACGGGUUACCGGAGUCCAUUCACUUGUUUGUGCCUUGCAACCGAUUGAGGGACCUGGGAUUGGAGGACUUCCCUGCGUCUCGAGUCUUGUUGUGAGUUGCCUCCCCAGCCAGCCAACUAAACUCCAUUCUUAAUUAACAGUUACUAGCGGAGGGGUUUAACGACCGUACGAGUACUAAUCUUCUACCGCUCGGUUAGAUCCUCUUCAACGCCUCAUCAUGUCGCUGCCUCAGCGACCCCAGCCAACAUCGCCCGGGCAUAGGGGCUCCGGGCGGCAUCAUCGGCUGAACGAUGUGGAAACUGGACCCGGAUAUUAUGUCGAUGAGCCACAGUACAGCAGUCCUCCGACGAGAAGACCUACGCUACCAACGGGCGGUGGACCUCAGGCUGGUGGGAUCCCGGGGUCUCCGGACCCAUACGCUUCUGGCACGCCCGAAUUCGGACGAAAAAGGAGCCUGAUCAGACCGGAGCGGAAUAGAAUUGAUAGGGACCAUCCAAAUUACUACUACCGACAACAUGCGCAACGACAGAAUAUGAAUGUGCUUCCUUCGACAACGGGUAACGAUCCCAUAGUCGAAGACCGUACGGAGGCCGCAUCGCAUGCCUCAACUGACUCAACCGAUCUCAAGAGUUUGACUCGACCAACUCAGUCAAUUCCCAGGUACUCGGAAGACGGGAUGGAAACGGUGCCCAAAAGGCACACCCCCAGCAAAUUGGUCAGGGCCCAUUCGAAGAGGCAUUCAUUGAACGAGAAGGAGAAACAGAAGAGACAGGAUGAUGCUGUUCGCCCGCCUUCGUUGUGGAACGUUUACUGUGCUAUUGUUACCUUUUGGUGUCCAGGUGCACUUUUGAAGUGCUUCGGUAAGCCCGCCAAGGCACAACAACGAGCGUGGAGAGAGAAAAUGGGUCUCAUCAGUAUCAUCAUUCUCAUUUGCGCCUUCGUCGGUUUCCUUACCUUCGGUUUUACACAAGCGGUUUGCGGAUCUCCUGUCCAGCGCUUAAAGGUCAACCAGGUCGGCGGUGGAUACCUGAUCAUUCACGGACGGGCCUACAAUCUCGAAAAAUCGACACAUCCGGCUACUGUUGAUUUCCCCGCCGGUAGAAACGUUCUGUACGAUCUUCCUGAGAAGAACGGUGGGAAGGACGCAUCAUUCUUGUUCCAGAAUGUCAAUGGCCAGUGCAAGGGACUAAUCACUCCUACUGAAAAAUCGGUGAUACCCACCGAUUCCAGUGGCGGAAUGGCUUGGUAUUUUCCCUGCAAAGUUUUCAAUCGGGAUGGGUCUACAAAACCAAACUUGAACAUGACCGAUCAGAAAUAUCUCGGAUAUGCCUGCCAUACUGGUGGUAAAGCGAGACAAGAAUAUUACGAUCUCGAGGUCACCACCGAUGUUUAUUUCACAUGGGGCGACAUCAAGAAUAGCUCUAGAAACCUUCUGGUCUAUUCGAGCAGUGUGUUGGAUCUUAACCUUCUCAAAUGGCUCGAUAAACGUCAAGUUGUGUAUCCGUCCCAGUUCGAUGAGUUCCUCCAAGAUCCCAAGCUCCGUGGAACUGAUGUCACCCAUCUCUUCCAAGGUGCUGCUGAGAAGAAGCUCGCGAAAUGUUUAUCGGAAAUUAUUCGUGUCGGGAGUAUUGAUACCGAAACUGUCGGUUGUAUCGCCUCCAAAGUUGUUCUCUUCGUGUCUUUGGUCUUCAUCGUCAGCAUUGUCCUCAUCAAGUUCUUGCUCGCCUUGUUCUUUGGAUGGUUUUUGAGCUGGAGGUUGGGAGCCGCUAGGGCUAGCGAUAUUAGGAAGGAUAUGAAGAAACGAAUGAAUGAGAUCGAAGAUUGGUCGGAUGAUAUCUACCGCCCACCCCCAAAGCUAAAGGAUGCAAAUACCCCCGCCGGGGAUCGUUCUAAGAGAGGAAGUUUCCUGCCAACGACUAGUAGAUUCACUAGUCCUUAUGCUCAAGAAAGACCUCAAAGUCGUCAUAGGCCUUUCCCUACCACUAUGGGCUCCCAGAGUUCUACUGCGAGGCUACUACAGCCUGGACAAGCCAUGUAUCAACAGGUUGGCCAAAACGGAUCCAAAGGAAGUUUGAGUGGAAUGAUGACCGAGUCGAUGCCCGGAUCGAGCCUUUUGAGCCCUGGCCAUGGUGGUCAGCCCGGUGAACGAUUCAGUGUUUACUCUGAAGUUGACGGACCUGGACCCGCUGGAUUCAUUCAUGAAGCUGUUGUACCUCAGCCACCACCUGAAUAUCAGCCGUUCGGAUUUCCGCUGGCCCAUGCCUUGUGUCUUAUCACUUGUUACUCCGAGGGCGAGCAAGGUGUCAGGACUACAUUGGACUCAAUCGCGACUACGGAUUACCCCAAUAGUCACAAGCUCAUGCUGAUUGUUUGCGAUGGUAUGAUCAAGGGACAUGGCGAAACUAAGACUACUCCGGAGAUUAUCUUGUCCAUGAUGAAGGAUCACGCUGUUCACCCUGAUGCCGUUCAAGGAUUCUCAUACGUUGCUGUUGCAUCUGGCGCCAAGCGCCACAAUAUGGCUAAGGUCUAUGCCGGUUUCUAUGACUACGGAAUGGAUUCUCAAAUCCCUCCUGAGAAGCAGCAAAGAGUACCUAUGCUCGUCGUCGUCAAAUGCGGGACCCCGGAUGAAGAGGGCGGUGGAAAGGCUGGAAAUCGUGGUAAACGUGACUCUCAGAUCAUUCUCAUGUCCUUCCUUCAAAAGGUUAUGUUCGACGAGCGCAUGACUGAGUUAGAAUUCGAGAUGUUUAAUGGCAUUUGGAAAAUUACUGGAAUAUCGCCUGACUAUUACGAGAUUGUACUCAUGGUUGACGCUGAUACUAAAGUCUUCCCGGAUUCGCUCACUCACAUGAUCGCUGCCAUGGUCAACGACCCUGAUAUUAUGGGACUUUGUGGAGAGACCAAGAUUGCCAACAAGACUGGAAGUUGGGUUUCUAUGAUUCAGGUCUUUGAGUACUUUAUCUCUCAUCAUCUGACUAAGGCUUUCGAGUCCGUCUUUGGCGGUGUCACCUGUCUUCCCGGAUGUUUCUGUAUGUAUCGUAUAAAGACUCCGAAGGGCGGUCAGAACUACUGGGUCCCUAUCCUCGCCAAUCCUGAUGUCGUCGAGCACUACUCUGAGAAUGUUGUUGACACCCUGCACAAGAAGAACCUCCUGCUUCUCGGAGAGGACCGUUAUUUGUCGACCCUGAUGUUGAAGACCUUCCCCAAGCGUAAGCAGGUUUUCGUUCCUCAGGCAGUUUGCAAAACCAUUGUACCCGACGAAUUCAAGGUUCUUCUCUCACAGAGACGCAGAUGGAUCAACUCGACUGUGCACAACCUCAUGGAACUGGUUCUCGUGCGGGAUCUUUGUGGAACAUUCUGCUUCUCUAUGCAAUUUGUCGUCUUCAUCGAACUAAUUGGAACGCUUGUCCUCCCCGCUGCUAUCACCUUCACGUUCUACUUGAUUAUCAUUUCAUUCGUCAAGAAGCCGGUACCCGUCAUCCCUCUUGUCCUCCUCGCGCUCAUCCUUGGUCUGCCUGCCGUCUUGAUUGUCCUCACUGCCCACCGUUGGUCGUAUGUCUUUUGGAUGCUCAUUUACCUCAUUUCAUUGCCCGUGUGGAAUUUGAUCCUGCCGUCAUACGCCUUCUGGAAAUUUGAUGACUUCUCUUGGGGCGAUACUCGGAAGGUCGCGGGCGAGACGACAAAGAAGGCUGGUAUCGAGUAUGAAGGAGAGUUUGACUCGAGUAAGAUUGUUAUGAAGCGAUGGGCAGAUUUCGAGAGAGGUUUGUUCCCCCCCCAAAAAUAUAAAAAUUAACAUAAGAUGUGAUGCUAACAAGAAUAUAGAUCGUCGUCAACGACUCCCGCAAUCUGGUUGGGCUCCUCAACCUGCUGGCUCUUGGAGCCACCAUCAGGGAUAUGAGGGAGAGUACCAAGACACGUAGAUUUCGUUUUUUUUGUUCGUUUCCUUUUCCGCCAGCUUAACGACCAUUUUUUGUAAAACCUGCUGUUUCUCAUACCCUCGUUACUCCCAACCUUGUCAGUGUUGCUCUAACCCAACGUGUUAUUGUACAAGUAUUGUGGAAGAUGGCUAGCUAGAUUGAUUAGGAGUUUAUAUUUUCCUUUGAUCCCACUCUCUUUCCUUUUUACGCGCAUCAUACCCAGUUUCCUUUUACACGCGUGUUUUGUCGAUUGAAUGGGAGCAUAUACCCUCGCGAUAUUGGCUUAUUUCUUCAUUUAUUCUCUCUUAUCUGUAAUUGGGUGGGCGGAAGGUUGGAUGAAUGGGAGGGAAGUGAGGAAGAGGGUAAGGAAAGAAAGAGGGGCAGAGAAAUGAAGGCCAAAAUAUGAAGUAUUUGGGAGCGUUUUAAUGGGAGUGAUAUUCUUUUUAGUACAAACAUUUUCGGGGGUGCUUACAGCGGUGCGGAAGCGGAAACGAGGUGAAUCAAGGCGAAGUCGCAAGCUCGGGAUAGGAUCGUCUGCAGGAUUGCUUGGGUUAACUUUUAGAGUGCUACAGAUGUGAUGUUAUUAUAGGGCGGUCCGAAGCUGUCUGUAUGAUAUAAUACACGGGGAGUGCAGUGC